AUGGCUGGCCCCGAAGAGCAGACUCCCCGUCCCCCCGCCGCCCGCCCCCUACAGCAGCUGCUCACCCCCCUGCUGCGCGGCGCGCCCCCACCAAGGUCUCUCCUACCGCGCGCGACACCCCUCCGUCAACCGUUGUCGACGCCCCUCCCGCUCUUCGUCUUCCCCGAGCCCUCGCCGAAGCACCCCCGGCACGCCUUUCCCUGCCACGUCCGUCCCACGCGCGCCCGCGAGAUCCGGCACCACCUCGUCCUCCCCGCGCGCGCGCUCGACGACGCGUCCGUGCGCGCGCUCUGGGGGCUCGACGGCGACCAGGAGGGCGUCGCGGCCGGGGCGCGCGCGGCGGCGUUCCGCCGGAUGUGCUGGGUGCACGGCGCGCUGUGCCCCGUCGCGGACUGCGAGGAGCGCGCGCGGGUGCUCAAGCCCAGGCCGCUCGCCGCACCCAAGGCCGCCGGAGAGGAGACGAGCGGCCAGGUUGGCCAGGCCAGGAUGCGGCUGGGGGUAGCGGGAGCCGGCUUGGGCCACGGCGGGAGGACCUGGCACGCGCGCUCGAGAUCGCUCCUCACCAACCCCAAACACCACAUGGACUGCACGCUGCGGGAGAUGAGCAUCAAGAAAUAUGGAUGA